AUGGCGAGUGCAUCAAUGUCCUUUACGGAGAAGAAACACUUCUUUCAGCCUCUUCUUCCCAAUUUUCAGAGCCACCUCUACAUUCCUGUGGAAUUCUUCUCCGACCACAUAGAGGGAAAACACGAGGGCAAGACUGCAAAGUUGAUAUCAGAUGCGUCGGAGAGAACAUGGAAAGUGAAGAUGGAAGGCAAAAGACUCACCCAAGGUUGGAGAGAGUUCGUUGAGGCACAUGCUAUUCGAAUCGGUGACUUUGUCGUCUUCAGACACGAAGGAGACAUGAAGUUUCAUGUCACUGCUCUAGGAUCCAGUUGCUGUGAGAUCCAAUACCCAAUGUCUUGUAACCGCGACGAAGACGAAGACGAGAGUGAUGAAAUCGAAAAGAAAGUUGAGGAGAAUCUGACAGCCAAAUCUAACCAGUCUUCAUCUGAUCUCAAUUGCUUUAGUCCAACUGUCACUGCCUCAAACUUAUCAAUAAAUAAAGUGGGUGUUCCCAGAGAUUUCGCAAAGCGAAACGGAUUGGACAAAGGAAGUCAAGAGAUACUUUUGAUGAACGAACAAGGAAAGUCUUGGGAAUCUGAAGUAAAAGUAACUAGUCGGAUUUUCAUAGUUGGAAGUUGGAGAAGUUUCUGCACCGCAAAUAAACUAAAAGUUGGAGAUUCAUGCACAUUUACACUACUCCAAAACACCAGAAAGCCUGUGUUUCGGCUCUCCAGCCGCACAAAGGCGGAGCAAGAGAAGAAUUAUUGGUCCGAGGAAGAAAAUAUGGCUGGAAAAACAGGAGAAAACCGGUUUGUGGAAUUAACUCCUUCACCUAGCAGCCUUGCGCUUGGUAAACAGGUGACUUUUGGGAAGCUCUAUCUCGGGUCUCUUGAACACAUUGCUUUUCUAAUUCUGAAUCUUUUGCAGCAUCUACCGAGAAGUUUCACAAGAUUGAACGGACUCAUCAAGCCGGCGAAAGUAAUCCUGGUAGACAAAGAUAAUGUUGAGUGGUCGAUGCAGCUUGGGAUUGAUAAUAAAACGGGGUCGAUGUAUAUUAGUAAUGGUAAUGGUUGGAAACGUUUUUGUGCCGCUAAUGAAGUAGGCGCAGGGGAGUCUUUAACUUUGGAGUUAGUCCGAGGAGGCGCAAGUCCUUUGCUCAAGUUCUGCUCCAAGAUGGAACACUUACCAUUUGAAGCAAUUAAGAUUCGGGGACACAAGCGAGCUCGAGUCCAAAAAAGGAGUCGGGAGACUAGACCGAAGCUUGAGGUAGGAGAAUCCUCUCGUCGCACUAGAGCAUCUAACCAAGGGAACUUGCCCCGUAUGCAACCUUGCUCUGUCUCGGAUCAGGUGGCUAAGGCGAAACAGAGUGUUGUAGAUGCUUUAACUUGUGUCAGACGGUUUCAGACCGAGCUCGAGACAAUGGAUAAUAAACUAGAAGAUUCAUUGCGGGAGAUUGACAACUUAGAGAGGAGAAGACAAUGGGAACAAAACAACAACUUCAAGUAA